AUGAGUUCUUCGCGGUGCAACAACACAAUAAGUAAAGGAAAGGGACGUCGGAAGGUGAAUAUGGUAAAGAUAGAAAACGAAACUAAUCUUCAAGUCACUUUUUCUAAGCGGCGUGCUGGCCUGUUUAAAAAGGCUAGUGAACUCAGCACUCUGUGUGGGGCUGAAACUGCUUUGCUUGUUUUCUCUCCUGGAAACAAAGCCCACUCCUUUGGGCACCCCAACGUGGAGGCAAUUUUUAAGAGGUUUCUCGACCAAAAUAUUUCACCAGUAAGUGAUGCUGAGAAAUUACUCGGGGCACAUCAUAAAGCAAAUAUAAGCCAACGCAUAGUGGAACUCAAUCAAAUAGAGAAUCGAUUGGAACUUGAACAAAAGUGUGCAAUCGAACUAGACCAAGUGAGGAAGGAUGGCCAAAGCCAACAAUGGUAUCCGCCUACCAUUAACAAGCUUGAUUAUCGACAACUUGACCGAUUGAAGGCAGCCUUAUUACAUUUCAACCAAAAGCUCGAAACUAAAGUUGAAAACGCUACACGUUCCAUGACUUUAUGCACUCCCAAGGCUACCCUCAAUCUGGGAACUAUGCAUAAAAGCAGUGGCCGGUCGGUUCUUGGUGUACGAAUUGAUGAUGGAGCCGGUAGCCCUAACGCGCAAGUUCAAGCAGCUUCCAACACAAGUAGCCCAAACGUGCAAGUUUGUGACGAUCCCGUAGCUGAUAGAUCUAAUGCCAUCACUCAACAUGAACUAAUGUUGGGCAAGUCUUGUUUUACGAUCCCAUACUCUUCUAAGACGAAUGGCUACAGUGUCAAUCCUGAUGAGUAUCACGAGUAA